GGGAGAUCCCAAGAACAAAAGAAGUUAGAAAUAGAAGGGUGCUGCAUCAGGCAGAGCUACCAUUCUCACGCAUUGUGCGUGAGACUCACGCAUUCAGGCACUCAUUCAAUGGACAAGGUUUGUUGCUAGAAGCUUGGUUAGAUCAGGAAUAAUGUCAGCUAGCAGUGCAGUAGUCCAGCGUCUUGAGCAACGUGCUCAGCUGGCAGAUGAAAUCAUCUCUAGACUACAGCAACAGGUUGAACAACUUCGUAGGACAGUCGUUGGACGUGAAGAGCAGAGAGUGGCAGAAGAGAAUAGAUUGCUGAGACAAGAGGUAACUCAACUCAAGGCUAGGCUGAUUGAAGCUGAAACAAGAAAUGGAGUGAAUCAGGUUCCUGUGCCAAACACAGGGUCUACAUUAGCUGCUUCAGCUACCAAACCACCCCCUGCUUCAGCAGCUACUGCCCCUACCCAAGCUUCACCACAAGCUCAAACUAGUAAGAAGCAAGAAGCAACAUCAGAAAAUCAGAAGAAGAAAGAAAAGAAAGAAAAACCCAAGAAAGAGCAAAAGAAAGCAGAUGACCAAGCCGCCGCUGAGGUUGAUUUCAGUAACCUUGACCUACGGAUCGGUAAGAUCAUCAAUGUCAAGAAGCAUCCCGAUGCUGAUUCUCUCUAUGUAGAGGAAGUGGAGCUUGGUGAACCUCAAACUAGGACCGUGGUUUCUGGAUUGGUCAAGCACAUUCCCAUUGAAGAGAUGCAAGAUCGUAUGGUGAUCCUGUGUUGUAAUCUGAAGCCAGCCAAGAUGAGGGGUAUCUUGAGCCAAGCAAUGGUCAUGUGUGCUUCAUCACCAGACAAAGUGGAAAUACUUGCCCCACCCUCAGAUGCUGUACCAGGGGAUAGAGUAGGCUGUGAAGGCUAUGAAAUGAGUGGAAGUUUCCCAGUCCAGAUGAACCCCAAGAAAAAGAUCUUCGAACGUAUUCAGCCUGAUCUGAAGACUAAUGAUAAGCUACAAGCAACGUACAAGGGAUCCCUAUGGAAGGUAGAAGGCAAAGGUUAUAUCAUCUCAUCUACCAUGGCUAAUUCUGGUAUCAAAUAAUGCGCAACAAAUGUUCUUCUUAUCUUAAACUUUUUCUAUAAAUCUUCCGAGUUUAUUACAUUGCCUCUCAAAGCAUAAUUUAGUCUGUCAUAAAUACACGCACUGUUUAAGAAGUUGAUGCAAUACUUUAAGAAUAUUACAGCAUUGUAAUUGACAUUUAUGUAAACCUUUGUAAUCAUAUUAAGGCAUUCUAGAAUAAUUUAACAAACUAACCCAGAGAGGACCCACCCCCCCCCUCCUCCCGACAUUUUUCACAAUCAAUUUUGUGACUCGAGAAGCCCUCACUGCAAAGUUUUUAUGAUUUUUUUUCUUUUCCAAGUCAUGCAAAUUUGAAAGACCAAAGUUAGGAAUGGUUAAGCAUCUACCUGAAAGGGGUAUGAGAAGGGGAGGGGGGGGGGGGUAAUCAGCCCCUACCUAACUAACCCAGUCUCUUUUUAGGCCUUUUUUUUGGGGGGGGCGUAUUAUCUACUCUUAAUUUUAGAGGUUUCUUUAGGAGUAUAAUUAAAUGAUUCCAAUUAAGAGAUGAUAUUACUCCACUUUUGUAUUCUUUUCAUCUUCUAUUCAAAAUUUCAGGGGAAAUGUUUUAAAUAGCCAUAAAUGGUAGUGAUUAUCAUUAUAAGAACAUUCUGGAUGCCAUUCCAUGAUUGAUACAGCAUGUCUAUUAAACUUUUACAAACAAGUAACUAUCAAGUACUAUCAUUGUAUGAAAGUAUAAAGAAAUGUUUGUAAGGCUUUUGGUUUUUAAUGAAGAUGUAUUCAAUGACAAAAUAUUAUGAUGCAUGAUGUUGGUUAGAAAACCUUAAAUAUCAUACAGCUCUAUCAUGGUACAAAAAUUGAAAGUGAAAGAAAAAAUGCUUCUGGUGGAAUAAGAGGUUUACUGCAUCUUUUCCUGGUGUGUGAUAAAUAAUAGAUUCUUUAAAUAAUUGACUGAUUUACGUUAUAACAAAUAAAAGAAGUUUGAUGUACCUCCUUGGAUGUACUCUUUACUUAUUUGUUCCAUGAAAUUUGCUCCUCUGUAAACUCCACACACUAAUCAAAGGACCAACCCUGGGUUUAACACUAUACCCCACCCUUAAUCUCACCCUAAAUUAAGCCUGGAGCAAUUGUCGCAGGAGCAAAUGUUGUGUCACCUACUUAUCGGUUGUGAGUAGCCAGCAGUUCAUGCAUUAUGUGGGACUAAGCAGCAGCCGGAUCAAUGGUGUAUGAAGACUAACAAUAAGAAAAUAUAAACAUUAUUAGAAAUCUGUUUCUGUUGAUAUAUUGAAUGUGCAGAUGAAAUCAUUUUAACUGUUCAUAAUAAUAGUAUUUUAUGAAAUUUGUUAUGGUGGAGUUGCUUACAUGUAACAUCACAAAAUCAGAACUCUGAAAAUCGAUAACUCUAUUAUUCUUUGAUGAUUUUUUUUUGCCAAAUCUUCAUUGAUUUGUUUCAUUUUUUGCUUUUAUGACAACCAUCUUGUCAGGACGAUCUUUCCCUCUAAUGAAGCAACAUCGAAUAACUGUUUCAUAAAUUGAUAAGAAAGAAGUCUGUGUAAAGUGAUAAAUGGUAAAAUAAGUAAAAUAUGCAAAAAAAUACAAACUAUCACAAUGAUGCACAUGUACUUUGAAAACUUGUGUUAUGUAAUAUAGUUUUGAUUAAGAAA